UCUAUGAGUAAGACCCUCAUGCAUAAAAGGGUAAUGUUUCUUCAGUUCUGCCUGUUGAUAUUGCUCUUUUUCUCUGCAUGGUCACCAACUGGACAUGCUAAAUACAGUAGCCCUCCAGAAGCAGUAAUACCCUUGAGGGUAACUGACACUAGAAAACAUACUUCCCCAGGCUGGCUGUCCUAUAGGCUGCAAUUUGGAGGAGAAAGACGCAUUAUCACCAUAAAACCCAAGAAAAACUUGAUAUCCAGAAACUUCAGAAUAUUCACUUACACUCAGCAAGGUGAUCUCCUUGAAGAGCAGCCUUUCGUGCAGACUGACUGCUACUACCAUGGCUAUGUGGAUGAAGACCCAGAAUCCCUGGUCAUUGUUAACAUCUGUUUUGGGAAUUUGCAAGGCAUACUAGAGAUAAAUGGUACAACUUAUGAAAUCAUGCCCAAGAGUUCAACUUCAACAUUUGAACAUCUGGCUUACAAAAUGGACAGUGGGGAGUCAGAAUCAUUUCCAAUGAGAUGCGGCUUAACAGAAGAGGAAAGAGCAAGACAAAUUAAGCUUCAAAAAAGCAAGGACUUCACACUUUUGCAAAACCCAUAUGAGAAUUGGUGGACCCACCAUAGGGUUAUUGAAUAUUUUGUAACAAUAGACCAUAAACUAUAUGUUCACAGAAAUAGCAAUCUCACAGUUUGUAUUCAAGAUAUGUUGCAUAUACUCAAUGGAAUAAAUGGUUAUUAUCUUCAAAUAGAUACUGACGUGGUUUUAACCACUCUUGAGUUGUGGAAUGAAAAAAACCAUGUCAAUGUAGAACAAAAUAUACACAAUGUCCUUAAUGAGUUCUGCAGUUGGAAGCAAAAUUUCAUAGGCAACCUUAUUAGACAUGAUAUCAUACACCUUUUUGUCAAACACACAUAUGAUAAAUAUUUAGCAUUAGCUCAUGUAGGUACAGUUUGUACACCAAAUAAUUGUGCAGUUAAUAGUGUCAUCUCUGAUUCAAUAUCAGAGAUAGUAUUCAUUAUAGCCCAUGAGAUGGGUCAUAACUUGGGUAUGCUGCAUGAUGUAAGUGGGUGUACAUGUGGGAGAAAAAGCUGCAUAAUGGCCCCAUAUAAAUCAAAUUCCCCCAAAUUCAGCAACUGUAGUUACGAAGAAAUGUUUUCAGUAGUUACCAGACGAAGUUGUUUAUACGAUACUCCAGAUACACCAGUAACAAUACAUGUGGCGAAGUGUGGAAAUAACUUGGUUGAGGAAGGAGAACAGUGUGAUUGUGGUAACACUGAAUCCUGUUCAAAAGAUCCAUGCUGUAGUAAUGACUGUGUUCUCAAACCUGGUGCUCAAUGUGCCUUUGGACUUUGUUGCCAAGAUUGCAAGUUCCUUCCAACAGGAACCAUGUGUCGAAAAGAGAAAAAUGAGUGUGACCUUCCAGAGUGGUGCAAUGGAACUUCAGCUAGGUGUCCAGAAGAUGUGUACAUGGUGGAUGGAAGCCCUUGCUUAGGUGGUGGUUCUUGCUAUAAAAUGGCAUGUCAGGAACGUGAGGCACAGUGUAAGAGGAUUUUUGGCAAGAAAGCCAGGAAUGCAAAUGAAAUUUGCUACAUGGAAGUGAACAAACGGGGUGACCGUUUCGGAAACUGUGGUAACAGUAGCUCUAACUACAUAGGAUGCAAAAACACUGACGUACUCUGUGGAAGAAUUCAGUGUGAUAAUGUGGAAGAGAUUCCACGUAGGGGAAACCAUGAAACACUGCAUUGGGCUCACUUUGAUAAUUUCACCUGCUGGACUAUGGACUAUCAUUUUGGUAGUACCAUAGAGGACAUUGGAGCAGUGCAGGAGGGCACAGCCUGUGGGGCACACCAUAUAUGUAUUGGCAGAAAGUGUGUCAGUAAGUCUAUUUUGUCUAGUAACUGUUCAGAAAGCCUAUGCCAUAUGCAAGGUGUCUGCAACAACAAACACCAUUGCCAUUGUAAUGACACAUGGGAACCACCAGACUGCCAACUACCUGGCUUUGGGGGUAGUAUAGACAGUGGACCACCUUCUGAGACAUCAGCUAGGAAAGGGAAGUCUAGUAAAGGUAAAAGCAUGGUGGGCCUUACUAUUCCUUUAAUGGUUAUACUAUUCUUUUUAAUUUUGCUAAUUUUGAAGUUUGCAUCAUCCCGAAAAAGAAAAGCAGAAGAAGAACCAGAACCUGAACUACAACCAGAACCUAUUGCUGAAAUUUCACCUAAAACAUCAGGUGUGGAACUUGAUAAAAGUAUGACGGAAUCAAAAGAGGAAGCGAAAACGAAACCAAAAAAGGAAUCAAAGAAGGAAUCAAAGAAGAAGGAAUCAAAAAAGGAAUCAAAAAAGGAAUCAAAAAAGAAACCAAAAAAGGAAUCAAAAAAGGAACCAAAAAAGGAAUUAAAACGUCAAUCAAAAAAGGAACCAAAAAUGGAAUCAAAAAAGACAAAAAUAUAA